CUUCGGGAGGUAAAAUUAUUAAAGCCAGGUUAUUUGUACGCUUCCAAUUGUGGGCACUUUAUUUAUUUAUUUUAAAAAGAGGACUCGAUUACACUUGUUUUAUUCAUAACUUUAUUUGAAUACCAUUUUUAUUCCAUUUUUAUAAGGAUUUCAAAAACAAUUUUAAGUAUUUAACAAGAUUUCACAACGUGCUUUACUGUAUUGGAAUGGUCCAUUCUGAGGAUGUAAACACGACAUACAUGGACAAUGCAGCUAGACCUGGAUUUCAUUUCAAUGAGAUCAAUAAACAGCAUGUCAUGUGUGACAUCCGAAUGAAUCAGUAGAUGUGUUCCUGGCCCUUCUAGCACUAUGCCAUUGUCACCACGGAAACGACCCUCAGUUCGAGAUGAGGCUGGUCAGACAUCUGCAGUUGGGUCACCUGCAUCAUUGAUUGCCAAACACCACUCCAUUAAAGUUUUGAAAGGACUGCAAGAAUUCCACAAGAAUGAGGUUUUCUGUGACUAUGUAUUGGUUGCUGAGAGCAGGGAGUUCAAAGUUCACCGGGUUGUCAUGGCAUCAUGCAGUGAUUACUUCAGGGUCAUGCUUACUGGUGAAAUGAGGGAGAGUCGCGAGGGGCGCGUUGACCUAAAAGGGGUUUCAGCCAAUGGUCUGCAAGUAGUAAUCGAGUUUGCAUAUACAGGUUUAAUGGAACUGACAGUGGAGAAUGUGGAGGAGGUGUUGUCAGCGGCGACCCAUCUCCAGGUUACCGACGCUGUGGAACUGUGCAGCAAGUACAUUGAGAGCUCCAUCGUCGUGGACAACUGUGUCGAUGUUCUGAACCUUGCAGAGCUCUACUCCCUGAGCGCCACCUACAGGAAGGCUCAACACUUCAUGCUGAAGCACUUUGAAGUGAUGGCCAAAAUGGGCCAGUAUAUGAAACUGAACCAUAACCAGCUGUCACAGCUUCUGGAGGAUAAUAGUCUGCGAAUUUCAUCCGAGUAUCAGUUGUUUGAGCUGGUUCUCUGCUGGAUGCAGGGUAAAAAGGAGCGGGAGCAGUAUGUUUCGGAACUUAUGCGGAAUGUUCGUUUGCCGUUGUUGUCAGGCGAGGAACUGGUGGAGAAAGUCAGUAUAGUACCCCUGAUGAGAGACAACAAAGAGUGUCAUGAACUGCUCACUGAGGCUAAGGACUACCAUAUUGUGGUUAGUAAGCAGCCUUUGCUGCAGUCUAAGAGGACACAGGUUCGAGCCAGUGAGAAGUAUUUGGUUAUGUGUCACAGAGAAAAUCUGGAGUAUUAUAACCUUGAAAACAUGCAUCAUGGGUUUUUGCGUGAUGCUACAAUUCAGCUGCACCACCCAGCCGUAGUGGUGGUGGAUAACUUCAUGUAUGCUUGCGGAGGAAAGUACGACUUCAACGAAAAUAAUGAGAUUGCAACUGCACGCUGUUUUAGAUACGAUCCUAGAUUUGACAGCUGGUAUGAGUUGACAUCCAUGAAUGAGGCUAGAAAGGACUUUGUGCUCCUGGCCACUGAGGGAAAAUUGUACGCAAUAGCAGGGCAGGAUGAGAACCUAGUCAUGUGUACUACAGAGAUGUUUGAUAUUGCUACUAAUGAAUGGGAAGUGAAAGCUUCUAUGAAUCACUCGCUCUAUGGCCACGCUGGUUCAGUAUAUGACGGAAAACUCUAUGUAUCUGGUGGACAGAAAUUCGACGGUUGUUGUAAUGACCUUGAAAUGUAUGACCCAGUCGAUGAUAUGUGGGUGAAACGGUCACCCAUGAUGUCUGCUCGUUUGAAUCAUAAUAUGAUUACAGUGAAAGACCGGAUUUAUUGCCUGUGCGGCAAUAUUGAAGAUAACAUGGGAUUCCCAGUUCCGGUAAUUACAAUUGAGUAUUAUACACCUAGCAAUGAUCAGUGGACAGUCUGUCAGAAAACCUUGAACAUCAGAGAGGCAGGUGCAUGUUUAAUGGACGAUAAAAUCUACAUCGUUGGAGGUUUGAAUGGUGAGCAUUACUUCUCGGACCUAGUCCAGUGCUACACCCCCCUGACAGAGAAUCUGAGAAUCGUGGAGAAGUUUCCGACAAGACUGCAUGGCAGGGCAUGCUGUGUGCUCACCCUACCACAGUAUCUGUGAGUGGUGGAAGUGAGAAUUAUGAAGAGUUUGGGGAUUAGCCCAUGACAGGUCGACGUAAUGAGUUCAAGUUUGUCUAGUGAAACCACAUCAUUCCUUUUUCAGUUAUUAUAUAUUUUGUUGUUUGCAGGACAGCUUCUGUAGCCUAAUUAUGAUCGUUUUAGGUCAAUACUGCUAGUUAAAUUAUUUUUAUGUCCCCCACUAUAGUAGUGGGGGACAUAUUUUAUAUAUAAAUACUACAUUUAAUGAUGCAAUAUUUUUAAUGUCUGUUUGAUUGUUGAUUAUUUAUUAAAUUAUUUAAAAAAAUUGAUUUCUUUAUUCAAACUUUCGGUGUUGGUGGCAUUUUUCGUUUGUUACGCAUAAAAAUAAUGCCAAUUAUCAAAAAUGUUUUCCACCACUAAGGUAAUUGUUUGUUCCUUAAUUACUGUGUUCCUUGUAUUGACACGUUACUGAUUCUCGUUGUUGGAGUGGCAUGUUGUUUUAAGUUGGUGUCGGCGUUAGAUUGUAGUAUGUGUUGCACUUUUUAUUCUUUGAGAAAAAGCAUUACUUUAAGAAGGGUUCAGGUUAACCUUUACAAAAGGUCGUACCCGUUCAGUUAUUGUUUCAGUAUAGGUUAACCUGUUGCAAACCUUGCAUAAUGUUUACACUUUUUAUGCCCCCGAAGGAGGGCAUAUAGUGAUCGCACUGUCUGUCUGUCCAUCACACUUUGCGUUUAUGUUUCGAAAAAUGCUCAUAACUUCUAUGCCGCUUCAUAUGUAACCUUCAUAUUUGGUAUGCAUGUGUAUAUGGACAAGGCCUUUCCAUACGCACACAAAUUUUUACCCCUUUGACCUUGAACUUAGGGUCCGCGUUAUUGUUUCGAAAUCUGUGUUUAGGUUUCGAAAAAUGUUCAUAAUUUCUUUCAAAGCGUUUAUCGGGGGCAUAUGUCAUCCUAUGGAGACAGCUCUUGUUGUUUUGUAUAACAGGCAAAUACAUACUGUCUGAUAUUCUCAUUCAUGUAUGAUUCUCCUUGUAAAACAUGAUGAUAUCAUAAUCAAUUAAUUGAAUCUUGUUCAGGAUUUUAUGUAUUUACAAAAUCUUGCUAGUGUCAAAAACAAAGUGCUUUUUUCUCAUUACAACUGGAGUAUUGCAUCAUUAUAAACAAAUCAUUUAUAUCAACCCAUGUGAAAGACAAAAAAACUUACAGGACAUCAGGUCCGAUAACUUAUAAAAUUUACAGGACCUCACCAGAUUUUACCGUACCUUGCUCUUCUUUAACCAAAUACAUGUAAUAGGCCAUGCCUUUUAAAGUUGAUUCUUAUCAUUAUGACGUUUGAAAAUUCUUAAUACAAUGAGCUGAAAGUAAAAUAAGGAAUAAACCAGUUCGUAUAUUUUGCAUAUAGACUGUUUCAUUUUUGAUCAAAGCAAAUGUUACAUGUUUUUUUAUCGGAAACAAGGACCGACAGUCUUGGUAAUAAUACCCUACCUCAGCAGAUUUAAUUGGACAUGUCCAAGGUUUGAUGUCUUUUGCAUGGCUAUUUUAUGCAUGGAUAACACAUCUUUUGUCUUAUAUAAACCAUGGCAUUUUUUAAGCUCACCUGAGAAAAAUGUGCUCUUGAUGAGCUGUUGUGAUCACCUUUUGUCUGUCACUUGUUGUCAACAUUUACCUUGUACACAAUCUAGAGAGCACAUUUAUUGCCCAAUCUUCAUUAAACAUGUUCAGAACAUUUUUCCUAAUGAUAGGUUGGCCGAGUUCAGAUGUAGUUGACUUGGUGUCAGAAACAAGGUCAAAUUGAAGAAAAAGCUUGAACCCUCUAGAAGUCAAAUGUUUUGUCCAAUCUGCAUGUAGCUUUCACAGAAUCUUUGUUCUUAUAAUAUCUGGUAAGAGUUUGAAAAUGGUUCCCAGCCCUUGAAAAACAUGGCUGCCAGGGGAAGGGGUUAUCCUUAUUAUGCUGUAGUGAAACCAUGUGAACACUCGAGAAGUCACUUUUUCUGUGAAAUCUUCAUGGCGCUUGCUCUGAACAUUUGGUCUAAUGAUAUCUAUGCAGUUUAAAAAUCAUUCCAGACUGUUGUUAAUUAUGGCCGCCAGGGAGAGUUUUUAACCAGGUUUUCCGAAGGAAAAAACUGGUUAUUAGAUUGGCGAAUGCGGGCGGGCUGGCUGGCGGGCGGGCGGAACAAGCUUGUCCGGGCCAUAACUAUGUCGUUCAUUGUCAGAUUUUAAAAUCAUUUGGCACAUUUGUUCACCAUCAUUGGAUGGUGUGUCGCGCGAAAUAAUUACGUCGAUAUCUCCAAGGUCACACUUUGAGUUCAAAGGUCAAAAAUGGCCAUAAAUGAGCUUGUCCUGGCCAUAACUAUGUCAUUCAUUGUGAGAUUUUAAAAUCAUUUGGCACAUUUGUUCACCAUCAUGGGACGGUGUGUCGCACGAAAGAAUCACGUCAAUAUCUCCAAUGUCAAGGUCGCCACGACUAAAAAUAUAUUUUUUUUAAAAACAAACUUACAAAGGGGGUUAAUUUUGUUUGUUCGUUUCAAAAGUUCAGUUUGAGUUUUCUCCCUUUAUCAGAUUUUUUUUUCACAAUGAAAACCUGGUUUUUUGACAAUUUUGUCCCUUGUCCUUAUAUGGCUUUAGUGAAAGCUUGUGAACACAUUUUAGUCCAAUCUUCAUGAAACUUGUUAAGAACAUUAAAUUUUGUUCUUAUUAUUUCUGGACCAAAAUUGAAAUGGUUCCAGUUCAAAAAAACAAACUGGUAACCGUAAGGCAGUUUUUCUUAUAAUGGCUAAAGUGAAAGCUUGUGAACACGUGUUUUUGACUUACCAGCUGAGCAUAGAGCAUUAUCUAAACAUUUGUUUUUAUGAUUUCAUAUUUGUUUUCAAAAGUGGUUUUGGGUAAAAAGCAAAGCCACAUUUAUUAUACAAACUUCACAACAGAUGUUAGAACAGUUCAGUUCCUUUUGUUCUCAGGUGAGCUUCUUGUUAAAAUAACUUAUUAGUGUAGAAACCAUAAAUCAUUUGUCUGUUUGUAUGUUUUGACUCCUUGAAAUUUCAAGCAGGUAUUUUGUGACUUCUAUUUCUAGUGAACUUUUGCAGUUCUUGUUUCAUCAGAAUAAGUUUGUGUUGAAGUUUAAUUGUUUAAAGUUUUGUUUGAUUUGAUGUAGCUGUAAUUUUGCAAAAUUAGUGCUUGCGUUAGUUUUUAUCCCCCGCCAUAGGCGGAGGGAUGUUGUUUUGGCGUUGUCCGUCCUUUCGUCCGUGCGUCUUUACGUCAGUCCGGCACUUUUGUGUCUGGAGCCAUAUCUUGGAAGUGCUUUGGCGGAUUUCAAUGAAACUUAUUAUGAGUAUAUAUAUGGAUAAGAGGAUUAUGCGCGCCUAAUGGCAUUGUACACCAUCUGUUAAUAACACAGUUAUGGCCCUUUGUAUUUUGCAAAAAUGCUUUUUUGUGUCCGGAGCCAUAUCUUGGAAGUGCUUUGGCGGAUUUCAUUGAAACUUGGUAUGAGUAUAAAUAUAUGGAUAAGAGGAUGAUGCACGCCUAAUGGCAUUGUACACCAUUGGAUAAUAAAGGAGUUAUGACCCUUUGUAUCUUGAAAAAAUGCAUUUUUUUAAGUCAAAUAUAACACUUUUGUGUCCAAAAGCAUAUUGGCCGGGGAUAUCAAUUCAACGAAUUUGCUUGUUUAUUUUAUUCUUAUUCCUUUCCUCUUCCUCAUUUUUUGUGUUAAGUUCAAAAAGCAGUUGCAAUUUUUUAGCCCACCUGAGAAAAAUUUUCUCUUGGUUAACUUUUGUUAUACAGUGGCCCUUUUGUCUGUGGUUUGUGUUGUCAAGAUUCGCUAUGUGAACACAUGAAUCAUGGCCAGAACAUUUGUCUCAUUAAUAUCUUAACGUGUUUAAAACUGGGUUAUGUGGAGUCGGGUCAAUAAUGCAAAUUAAGUAACAAGCUUGUGAACAUUCUGGAGGCCAUAUUUUUGGCCAAAUCUUUAUGAAACUUGGAUGGAAAACUUGUCCGAAUUAUGUCUUGGCAAAAAUCGUAACAGGGUCAAAUGUUUUCUAUAACUUCUAAAAGCGAAUAAUCUCUUGUUAACACUUUGAUGGCCACAUUAUUGUACAAUAACUUUUAUGAAAUUUGGUUGCAACAGUACACUCAAUGAUAUUUCUUGGAACAUUUUGUUUUUAAGAUUUUUCUGUCGAAUGAAUAAUGAUUCCUUUCCAUUAAAAACAUGGCCACCACUUGGCAGUACAGAUAUCCUUAUAUAUCUACAGAAAAACCUUUUGAGCUACUCGUCAUAAAAAGUCUAAUGUGAAACCUGAUGAAUACUACCUACUUAGAACAGUUCAGUUACUUGAGGACUCAGGUGAACGCCUUAGUGCCCAUGGCCCUUUUGUAAUUUUUUACCUUUUUUCAAUAAUGGUUUUAAGGAAGUUAAAUGUAUUUUUCUAUACUGAUGUGCAUUGGGUCUUGGAUUACAAAAGUACCCGUGCAUGUCUUUGAGUUAUGCUGCUUUCUGUACAGUAAUAUUUGUAGAGAACCUGUAUAAUUAAUGAAUGUUUAACUUCAAUUUAAAUGUGAGCUACUGUUAAUUACCUGAAGAUUGCACACUAGUAGCAUCUGCUUUGGCAUUUUGUUUCAUUCACAAAAACAUGGUUUAAUAGUUUGUGAUUUGUGUUAUUUAUACAAUAAUUUUGUUUUGAACAAAAUAUCAUUGUUUGCUGUACAAGAUGAGUUUGUAUUUAUAAAUUCCUGGUGUCUAAUUUUGCCCAAUUUUUUACAGAAUUUCAUUUUUAUACAUGGAAUUUUAUUUUUAUUUUAAAGGAACAAUCAUGUAUGUUUUUGUUCAUUAUUAAAUUGAUAGUAAUAAUAAGAAUAAAAGAAUCUGAAUUGUUUUGAAAAAAUGUUAUUAUCAUCGAAAAGUGUGACAUAAUCAUUAUCAGUAUCAGUAAAUUGUUGAAAUUGUUUAAAAGGUGAACAUUCCUUCCUAUCAGGAACAACUACUCCAUGCAGCUAUGACUAUAAUUACCAGUAGUAUCCCAGAUACUUUCCCUUGGUUGUUGUUAAUGCAUGUUGUUUUGACAGUGCAAAUAAAUAAUUGUAAAUCUUA